AUUGUUUGUAAACCGGGGCGGACUAACAAGACUUUAAGCACGACGACGUUGUAACAUAGCAUCUUGUAAUCCAGUAAAAUCAUAUCGUGGUGGCUUGUACGUCAAGGACUAUUGCAAUUCGUGAAGAAGAGAAGAAGAAAGGAUCAAAUGGAAAUAGUAGGAAAUUCCACGGACCAUUUCAAGCUAUGGAGCGAAUUGGAACUGCAGGAGUUCCCGGAAAAGUUCGUAAUCCGAUCGCCGGCAUCUCACGAUCAAGGCUUUUCCAUCAGCCGCUACGAUGGAACGAUCGAGAAGCUAAACGGGGAGACGAAUACUGGAAAGCCUUCGAAGAUUUCUAUAAUAUAUGGAGUAGCGGGAACAAUUAGGUUGCUAGCAGGAGCACAUGUGUUGGUUAUAACUUCUCGCAAGAAAGUGGGAGCUUAUCUUGAUUUUCCUAUUUUUCGGGUGACUUCCAUGAAGUUUCUGUCUUGCAACGAGGCAUCAAAGCAUUUAAGCAGUGAAGAAAAAAGAGAUGAAGCAUAUUUCAUGAAUCUGUUGAAAGUAGUGGAAUCAACUCCAGGACUUUAUUUUUCUUAUGAAACUGACAUAACACUGAACAUGCAGAGAAGAUACAAAUUGUCAAAAGGUUGGAUGAGAAAGCCAGUUUGGAAACAGGCUGAUCCAAGGUUUGUUUGGAACAGAAAUCUGGUGGAGGAGCUAAUUGAGAAUAAGCUUGAUGGAUACAUCAUUCCUCUAAUACAAGGAAGCUUUCAGACUGCACAACUCAAUCUCAAAGGUUCAACAACUUCAGUAACAUUGAUAUCAAGGAGGUGUACCCGGCGUUUAGGGACUAGAAUGUGGAGAAGAGGAGCUAACCUAGAGGGUGACACAGCUAAUUUCAUUGAAACUGAGCAGUUUCUGGAGUUUGGUAGUUUGAGGUCUUCUUUUUUGCAAGUACGGGGCUCAAUUCCCCUCUUGUGGGAGCAAAUUGUUGACUUGAGCUAUAAACCUCAGCUUAAUAUUAUUUAUCAUGAAGAAACACCAAAGGUUGUUGAGCGCCAUUUUCAUGAUUUAUCACAAAGAUAUGGAGAGAUUGUUGCAGUGAACUUGACAGACAAGCAAGGUGAUGAGGGUAAACUAAGUACAGCUUAUGCUGCGGAAAUGCAAAAGCUGCCAAAUGUGAGAUAUGUUUCGUUUGAUUUUCAUCACAUAUGUGGGAGCUCAAGCUUUGAGAACAUAGAGCUUUUGUAUGAUCAAAUCUCAGAGGAUUUUGAGAAGCAAGGAUUUUUCAUGGUAGACAAAGAAGGGGAGAUACUAGCAGAACAAAAAGGAAUAAUUAGAUCUAACUGCAUUGAUUGCCUUGAUCGAACAAAUGUAACACAGUGCUAUCUGGCCCAGAAAUCUUUGAAUUCUCAGCUGCAGAGACUUGGGGCUAUUUCUUCCACUGAGUGCAUCUCUACAUUUAGUGAAGAUUUUGGAAUAUUUAAAGCUUUGUGGGUGCAGCAAGGUGAUGAAAUAAGUUUGGAAUAUUCUGGAACAUACGCCUUAAAAGGGGAUCUUGUCAGAUAUGGGAAACAGACUAUGGCAGGACUACUUAGAGAUGGGAUGAGUGCCCUUUCAAGAUACUUUUUAAAUAAUUUUCAGGAUGGAGUUCGACAGGAUGCUAUGGAUCUUAUUAGUGGCCGAUAUACUGUCAAUAGGGGUUGUUCCUCUCUUGCCCAGCGUAACGGAUAUGAUUCAAUCACUUAUCUUCCGGUAGCAUCUGCUCUUUUACUUGGAGGAUUGACAGUGACCACCGUUACAUUGAACCAAGUGCUGCAAUUUUUCUGUAACAGGACAAAAUAUGCAGAGCAUAUUGCCCCCUGUACUUUGUGCUGGUGUCACUGCUGGAGUUAUGGCAAUCGUGAAAACAAACGGCAGGCAAAUCUGUUCCAGGCCUCGGCUAUGCGGGCUUCUGUAAGAUGCAUUGUUAUUACAACCACGCGAAAUAUGCAUUGUAAAUCAUCUCUAUCUCAUUAAAAAACAACGUACUUAAAUAUCUUUAUGUUUAUUGUGAAUAAUCAGCAAUGUGCAUCUAGGCAAGUUUUUUGCUGACAUUUUACCUUGUUGUAUUCUUUGAUGUGUGAUUUUGUAAGGUGGCCAACAGUAUUGACCAUGAUAAAGCCUUUGAAUUUAGCUGUGCUUUAUAGCUU